AGUUAUAUGGUUGAAUUUCAAAACCUACUAUAUUAUCCAAAAAUUAAUUUCUAAAAAAGAAAAGAAAAAACAGAAGAAGACAAAAGCCAGCAAAAGCAAGCCUCCGUGGCCGGAAUUCCGAUCCCCACGUCACCUUCCGUCGCCGGAAUACCGUCGAUCCCUGAGCGUUCCUAAAACCAGAAUGGCAGCCUCUAAGGCUAAGGAGAAAUCCUUCGUUCCAGUUUCAGACAAGCUGUCUAUUCCCGAAAAUUUAGACUGCAUUAUUGAUGUGAAGUUGCAGAGGUCAUCGAAGAGAUUGCGCUUUGGUCGUUGCAAGUUUGAGCCCACUUCUUCUCAUGCCUCAAAGAAACCUAGAACAACCUUGGGUGAUGAUGGUAAAGAUGGUCCACUAAUAGAUGAGGAUUACAAGAAUUUCUUGUUUGCCUUAGGUAAGUACAGUGAAGAACAAUCCCGGUCUUUUGAAGGAAAAGAAGAUGAUGAUGGUGAUAAUGAUUUUGAUCCACAAUACAAGAUGUUCGCUUAUAAUUUGAGGGAAGAUGGGAAGUCUUUUGAAGAAAAACAAGAUGAUGAUUUCGAUAAUGAUUUAGAUCCACAAUACAAGAUGUUUUUGGAUAAUUUGAGGGCAGAUGGGAAUUCUUAUAUACUGGAAAUCUCUGGAGAGGGUGUGAUGCCUGUUUAUAUAAAGUACGAAGGGGAGGACAAUGCGCUGUCUAAUGGGAAUGGGAUCAAUUGGACCACUCUAAAAGAAAAUAAUAAGAGUAACUUGACAACUCCAAGAGGAGCAGUAGAUAGGAGGAACUUAGCAAUUCCAAGAGAAGAAGAUAUGAUAUUCUCAAAGAUUCCAAGUAAAGAAGAUAGGAGGAAUUCAGUGACUUCAAGGAAAGAAGACUGGAGGAAUUCUGUGAAGAGAGGAGAUCCGAAAAGUUUAGAAGUUCCACAUACGAAACGAAAGAUUUUGAAGACAAUAAAGACGGAGAAAUUAGAACCUGCAAAUCAGUUUUCUAAUGGGAUGGGCGAGGGUUCCGGUUUAAAUUCUGAAAGUUAUCAGUUGUUCUUGAAUCGUCAGAAAUUAGAUGACAUUGCUGCAGAUAUUUUGGCCAAAAGGGGGAAACGAUUGAAAGCUCAAAACGUUGGUGGUGAAACUUCACUUCAUACCACAAAGUUUGAAGCAAACUCAGCUGUGAAACUUAAGGAUGAUGCUUACGAAACUUUAGCUGAUACAGAAAAGCUUGCUGUUACAAAUGAGUUGGUAAUGAACUCAGCUGAUGUACACCACCAGUGGCAUGCAAAGAGAACUACUGGAAGAGGUAAUUCUCAGUUUAAGGAGAAACUGAUGGAAAUUCUUAGAAUGCCUUACAGCCAGAAGGAGUAUGAGGUACUCUCCCAUGAAUUUUCUUAUCGCAAACCAAUGCAACGCCAUAGAGACUUGCGUGGCGGGAUAAAAGUAUAUGAUGUAGGUCGUCUUGGAAAAUCAUAUCGUGAUCACUAUUCUGUGAGGACUGCAAUUCCAAGUAUGACCAAAGAUCUUGCUGAAAUGAUAAAUUUAGUACAUCAUGAUCUUCCUAAAGUUUUGAAUCUUCUACGUGGAUUUUUCUAUUGGUUAACGAAUUUGUCACAUCAAGGAGCAUUCGAGCCUUGGUUGGAUUCUUCAUAUUUGGAUAUAGUACCACAAGGCACUGCCUCCGGUUAGAUGAGUUCUUCUAUAGUGAGUCAAAAAUUUUUACAACAUUUCACAACAAGUUGAGUUGUCAGCCCUCCAUAAGUCAAAAUAAA